UUUCUUUUUUCCGGUGUCAGUUACACGACAUCUUUUAGCCGGAGGAACUGCUACUCAGGUGAGCGAUGUGGUCCAUGGGCCUCUUGUUUUGGAUUUUCGAUAGUAACAGUGAAUGAGAAGAAUGUACAGACUUACACAGUUAUGAAUUUAAACCCAUAUAGCAAAAGAUGAGUCCCUCCUCGAUUUAGGAUUUUGAAGAGUGGCUGCUGCAUAAAUAGAACAAUUUUUAGUUUGAUCCCAACAUCACACAACAGGACGUCAGCAGCAGUGAUAGAGAACCACAUAAGACAUCAGCAGCAGUGAUAGAGAACCACACAACAAGACAGUAGUGAUAGAGAACCACACAACAAGACAGUAGUGAUAGAGAACCACACAACAAGACAGUAGUGAUAGAGAACCACACAACAAGACAUCAGCAGCAGUGAUAGAGAACCACACAACAAGACAGUAGUGAUAGAGAACCACACAACAAGACAUCAGUGAUAGAGAACCACACAACAAGACAUCAGUGAUAGAGAACCACACAACAAGACAGCAGUGAUAGAGAACCACACAACAAGACAGCAGUGGUAGAGAACCACACAACAAGACAGUAGUGAUAGAGAACCACACAACAAGACAGCAGUGAUAGAGAACCACACAACAAGACAGCAGUGAUAGAGAACCACACAACAAGACAGUAGUGAUAGAGAACCACACAACAAGACAGUAGUGAUAGAGAACCACACAACAAGACAUCAGCAGCAGUGAUAGAGAACCACACAACAAGACAGCAGUGAUAGAGAACCACACAACAAGACAGCAGUGAUAGAGAACCACACAACAAGACAGCAGUGAUAGAGAACCACACAACAAGACAGCAGUGAUAGAGAACCACACAACAAGACAGCAGUGGUAGAGAACUACACAACAAGACAUCAGCAGCAGUGAUAGAGAACCACACAACAAGACAGCAGUGAUAGAGAACCACACAACAAGACAGCAGUGAUAGAGAACCACUCAACAAGACAGCAGUGAUAGAGAACUACACAACAAGACAUCAGCAGCAGUGAUAGAGAACCACACAACAAGACAUUAGUGAUAGAGAGAACUACACUACACAACAAUAAAUGGGUGAAGUUCUUCUUUUUCCUGAAACCGUUUAUGUGAGCCUAGGUACUAGUAUAGUGCUAACUGCCACAAAUACCCACAACAAUGUAAACACUUUUAUAUGGAAGCGACGCAUCGGCAAGAUCUUCAAAAUAUUAAACACCAAUACACCAAAAUAUUCUGAAUGCACAUGCCAAGGAAACCCAAAAUUGAUCAUACAUGGCAUACAAGCUUCUGAUGAAGGUGUGUAUAGAGUGGAACUCAAGCAGCCAAACAAUACUCUGGAAAGCAGCGUGACGAAUCUAUAUGUACUAGAAGAUGUUAAUGCCUAUAAUAAGGAGGAACUUAAUCUUAGGCGCUAUAGAGAACUUGAAAGCAUUGCAAGAUUUGCUCUUCAGCUCACCUUCGACAGAUAUGUUUCACCAAGUAAUCUAGCAAAUCAUCUUUUGACGUGGGGUGCUUCUUUAAGAACAUCAAAGUGGAAGUGCACAUCUGAUCAACUAGAAUGCCUUUUCCCAAAGAAUAGAUCCGUGGUUUCAUCAAAAAAUUUCGACAUAUCUCUCCUAUACAAGCUGUUGCGAAAUACCACCAAUGUGAAAAUACCAAUGCAGAAAUGGAAUGCUGAACCAAAAUUGGACAACACUGGAGAAGGAGAUGACAUCGAACGAAUUCAUCUAUACAGAAAUUUCAUUGCUCAUACAAAACUUGAGACCCUUUCAGACGACGAUUUUGAGAGCAAAUGGCUUGAUCUUACGGUGGCAAUCGAUAGACUUAGUAGAGGUGCCCUAAGAGAGUCAAUAUGCCAGUUAAGAAACAAGAAAUUCGAACAAAAGGAAACGGUUACAAGGGAAAAGUAUUACAACAAGGAAAAACACAAGGGUCCGAAAGCUGAGAUAGUGUCAAAAUGGCAAUCACACGACAAAUUGUUUUGCAAUAAGAUACGUUUUGUUCAAAAGACAGAAGAGAUUAUCCGGAGAAAGAAGCUUGUUAUUAUAAUCGGUGGCAGUGGGUGUGGCAAGACGUCCACGGCAAGACACUGUGCUUUGAAGCUCCAGACAGAGGGAUGGCGUAUCGUUCCCAUUGAUGAUGCCAGAGAAAUUCAAAGCACAAAUACAAAGGAAGAUUGCGUGUUUAUUUUUGAUGACCCGAUCGGAAAUAUGGGUCUUGAUGAGGUCAAGCUGCUUGAUUUGAGUCAGUGUAAUGGAGAUAUACAUAAGCUUUUAGACCAAGAAAAUGAUCACAAAUUGGUAAUUACAUGCCGUAAGAUUGUAUACAACGAGGCAAAAAAGCACCAUAUAUUUGACAAGUACGAGGUUGUUGAUGUUGACAGUGAUGAUAACUCAUUGAACAUCAACGAAAAACGGGAACUUCUGAAAACAUAUGGAAUAGAAGAGUUAGUGGAUUUGAUGUCAUUAAAUAGAGCGAACGUUAUGUUCCCGCUUAUGUGUUAUAUGUUGUCUGCAAACAGGAAAAAGUGUAACAUCGACAUCCUGUCACAUAAAGAAGUUUUAGAUCCUCGAGAAUACCUUCUACACGAAUUAGACAAAAUGAGUGAAACAAAAACAACCAGGGUAAUGUAUGCAUCCUUGGUACUUCUUGCCAUAGCAAGCAACAAUCUUACUGACGAAUACUUAAAGGUCAGGGGUCUUUUGGAAGACAUUUUCAAGAAAUGCAACAUACCCGAACGACCAGUACCAAAAGAAAUACGAGAGAAACUUGAACAUUCCGAGAACACUUACGUCGUCAAAACAGAGUUUGGAUUCACAUUUCUCCAUGACUUUUUAUAUGAAAUCGUUUCAUUUCAUUUUGGUCGAGAUAAAGAUAAUCAACGUGUGUUUCUUCAACAUGUAGACCUACGAUACCUCACAAAUAAUACGUACAUUGGAAGCAGUGAAUACUCAACUGCUGAUCAGAAGAUGGCCAUUUUCCCUGAAAAUUACGAUGUUUUAUGUGGCAGAUUAGUACCUGUACUUUCUCUUCAGACCAUUAGUGCAGUUCGUUUAGAUAUGGAUAUUAGCUUCAUUACUUCCAUACUUACUCACAAAUGUUGGAGUGAUGACGAAUUUGUUAAUGUUCUGUUUUCGUCUUUUGGACAAAAGUACAUAUCUCAGCUGUUUUCCAAGUUCAAAGUGGUAAAAGGAAAACCGACAUCAAUAGAACAAAGAACAAGAGCAUUGUUAGAAGAACGCGAUUUGCUGUGGGAAAACAACAAACUUGGACCCAAAGGAAUUUAUGAAGUAUCUGAUGAUGGUAAAAAAUUCAGACUUCUCCAUUGGAUUGUCUACAACGGACAUCUAACAUUUUUACAAAAAUGUCUUUCAAAAUCAAGUAAACUUCCAUUUUUAAAGAAAAUGAAUGAAAUUGAAGAAGAACCUGUACACUUUAUUUGGUUAUCUAUAUACAGUAUGGAAAAGGAUAUGGCCAAAUUUGUACUUUCUGCAAUGAGCCAAAGACAAAUCAGAGGAUGUAUCAAUGAACCUUUCUGCUCUUUACACACACCGCUGACUCUGGCGUGCUCUCUAAAUACUUUAGAUAUUGUGAAGAUUUUGGUAGAGAACGGCGCAGUUGUUCAAAAGUGCAAUUUGAACGGAGAGCUUCCCUUAUUCCAUGCUGUGAAAUGUGGUUCCGAAGAAAUUAUUCAUUUUCUCUUAGAUAAGUGUCCUUUUGUGAAAACACAAGACCCGCGUCUUUGUCCAUUUGAAUUAGCAAGUGAAACUGGAAAUGUAGAUAUUUUGAAGUUACUCUUGCAGGAUUGCAGUGUAAAAUGCACCACUUCUGAUGGUAAUUCACCUUUACAUCUGGCCAUAGAACAUAGAUUUGAUGAUGUUGCUGAAACUUUAAUCAGUCGUGGCGCAAAUAUCAAUGCCAUAAACAAUAUGAAAGAAACACCAUUGCAUAUCGCAUGUCAAAAGAACAAUUUAAACGUAGUGGAAGUGCUGGUCGCCUCUUUAAACUGCGAUACUUCUAUUCAAAAUCUGCAAGGAUGUCUUCCAUUCCACAUAGCCUGUAGAAAUGGCAUUGUACCGAUAGUGAAACUGCUGUAUGAUUCCAAAUAUCUCAACGUAAAGGAUAAAGAAGGAAAGACGCCAAGAGAACACGCUGUAAAGAACAGCGAUGUGUGGAAAUUCCUAAAUAGAAAAGGCCGAUGAAUUGCAUCGUCUCUUAUCUGAUGUACGCGACAAAUUUCAAUGGAAUAUUGACUGUUAAUAUCAUUUAUAAUUAUGUUUAUUCAGUUUUAUAAAAUACACAUCUG